AUGACAUCAAUAUCCCAGGACCAAGACCCAGGUACCCUCGUCAAGGCCCUCCUCACAACGAUAGAGGAACAAAUCAUACCCCUGACCGGCGAAGGCGUAUCGUCAGGAAGCAAAGUCUUCGGCGCCGCCAUCCUGUCCAAAUACAGCCUCACGCCCCUGACAGUAGCGACCAACAACGAGGCCGUGUCGCCGCUUCUGCACGGGGAGAUAAACUGCAUCCAGAAGUUCUUCGCGCAGACGUCCUUCCCAUCAUCCUCAUCCUCUGCAACUCCUACCGCCACCACCCCAUCAGGACCAGACUCAACACCAACAUCACAACGCCCCAACACCAAAGACUGCAUCUUCCUCGCGACGCACGAGCCGUGCAGCCUGUGCCUCUCGGGCAUAACCUGGAGCGGCUUCGACAACUUCUUCUACCUAUUCACGUACGCCGACAGCCGCGACCUCUUCGCGAUCCCGUACGACAUCCAGAUCCUCGAGGAGGUGUUCCGCGUCCCUCUUCCUCUUCCCCAAAAAAGCGAGGAGGCGCGGGAGCUGUAUAACCGCCGCAACAAGUUCUUCACGGCGCGCAGCGUCGCGGAGCUGGUGGAUGAGAUUGCGGACGCGGGGGAGAGGGAGAGGUGGAGGAAGGAGGUACAGAGGGUUAGGGCGCUUUAUGGGAGGUUGAGUGAGACUUAUCAGGAGGGCAAGAUGGAGGGGGUGGAGAGUGCUAGUUUUUGGAAGUAG